AUUGAUGGCACAUAUUCUAGGCUUAAAGCCAGAUAUGUAAAUGAUGGUAUAGGUAUUGAAAAAAAUUCUGUUAUGAAAAGAAUUGAUGUUGAUGACAGCCCCCAUUUGGCUUUAUUUGCUGUUAGAGACAUAAAAACAGGAGAGGAACUCCGUUAUGAUUAUGGGGAAACAUCUAAGUACCUGCCAUGGAGGAAGAAGUCAAAAAUCACCAAUGUACGAUCUACAACCAAUACAGAUGAAGCAUCUGAUGAUAAAGACAGUCUUCCAAAGCAUAAAGUAGAGCGUGAGGUUGUAAAGACACAAAUGCCUCUUAUCUCUCACUCCAAUGAUGAUACAGAACAUGAUUCGAGUCAAGAUAAAAAUCACUACGAUGCUGAUGACCUAGAGUCGCAUGAUCUUUCAAGUUCUGUGAGCAGUCAAUUAACAAAUCCUGCAGAUUCUAGUUCUAUUAAUAGUUCUCUUAAAUCUCAUGACAGUAUUGUACACCAUGAAGAUAUUGGAAGUACUCAUGUACACAGUUCAUAUAUUCAGUCACAUGGCAAGUCAACAGACCCUGGAAAUUCUUCUGAAGUCCUUUCUGCUGACAAUAAUGCGCCAUCAAUGGAUGACCUUGACCUACUUUCAACAAAGCAGAAAAUACUUAAACAUACUGAAAGGGAUGAUUUUAGACAAGGCAGUUUAUUGUGUGAAUCUAGUUUACUUGAAAGCAAACAGAAAAUGUGUGAUGGUAGUCUACCUACUGAGCAAGUGCUGUCUUCUAAACUUCAGAUGACUAAGAAAUGCUAUGUUAGUCUGAAGAGAUUUUGUAUUUCUAAACUGAAAGGUGGAAGAUUUAAAGUAGGACAACCUGGUCACAUAGGCAGAAAAAGGAAUAACAGUAAAGAACACAAAAGGGCAGAAUAUAUUUCAGGUUUGGAGACUGUGCUGGAAUCAGCUCCUGCUUUAAAUAAGGAUCUAAUAAUUAGAGAUGUGAUGGAGGAUCAAUUAGAAGUUGACACUGUUGAUGACACAAUUAAACAGCAAUAUAAAGAGGCACUAAAAGACAGACUACAACAACUACCAGAUUUAUCACAGCAUGUUUCAUGUACUGAGACAAUUGUACAAGAUGAUAUUCCAUUACUACCACCACCACCUCCACCACCAAAAUUGAGAGUUCAAUCACUCCCACCUAACUGGGAAUUUGCAAAAGACUUGGAAGGCAAUGUGUACUAUUAUCAUGCUAAAACCAGACAAACUCAGUGGUCUCUACCAGUUUGGGAUGAUUGUAACAGUCAAAAUGAUGUAGAUAUUAGGACUUCCCUGGAUGAAGAUAAGACAGCAACAAGAAACGAGAAUACAAAAAGUGUGACAGGAAAUCUCUUAAGUAUGGGAACAGAAUCUGAAGUAAUACCGCCUUAUGUAACAGAUGAUUCAGAAUCUACUAUGUAUGCAGCAACCCGAGUGCCAAGUAUGAAUGAGGAUGACCUAUUGGCAAAAGUCUGUAUUUCAGAAUUAUGGAAGUGGGACAAAGUUGACAUGAAUGUCACAGUUGGUAAAAUUGAGAACAUCAAUGUAACAUUGGAAAGCUUAUUUUUUAUGAGAGGUUUUUUGCCAGAUGAGGUAUGA